ACACGAACAAAAGCCGCGAAGAAGACGACGAGAGCUCUUGUCUGUCUUUGUAUUUUGUAUGGAACGGUGCAUAUUUCAAAGGGAAAGGGAAGGGUCGAUCGAAUUCAAAGCAACUGCUUCGUAGAGCAAAUUCACGGCAGCGAUGAGCGUCGAGAGAACUCACGGCAGCUGCGUCGCAAUCGGCACACUUCCUCCGUCGUCCAGAUGCUCUCACUCUUCUGCUUCUCCCCAUGAUGCAACUUGUGGGACACCGACUCGGAUGGGAAGAAGCCUCACUUGUGUUUGCUUCAAGCUCAAGGGAAGUUAUGAACGGAUUUGCAUCAAUUUGACACCUAUGCAGGAAGAGAAACUAAGAAGGCUGAAGCAUCGGACAAAGGUUACCUUUGAUGCUUCUAGAGUAGAUCAUCAGGCUGCUCUGAAAGCUCUAUGGUCUGCCACAUACCCUGGUAGGGAACUCCAUAGUUUAGUUUCUGAUCAAUGGAAAGAAAUGGGUUGGCAGGGCAGGGAUCCAUCAACUGAUUUCAGAGGAGCUGGAUUCAUUUCUUUGGAGAACUUACUGUUUUUUGCCAAAACAUUUCCGACAUCUUUCCAGCAUCUAUUGAAAAAGCAAGGAGGGCAGCGUUCUGCAUGGGAAUAUCCAUUUGCUGUGGCUGGUGUAAAUAUCACAUUCAUGAUCAUGCAAAUGCUUGAUCUAGAUGCCACAAAACCCAGAACGUUUGUUAGAGCAGUUUUCUUGCAGAUGUUAUCAGAAAAUGAGUGGGCAUUUGACUUGCUCUAUUGUGUGGCUUUCGUGGUCAUGGACAAGCAAUGGCUGGAGAGAAAUGCCACAUACAUGGAGUUCAAUGAUGUUUUGAAAUCCACUCGGGGUCAGCUUGAGAAGGAACUUCUAAUGGAUGAUGUCUUGAGGAUUGAAGAUAUGCCCUCUUAUAGCCUGCUCUGCUGAAUUGUAGCCACGAUAUUUGAAACAGUUUAGGCGGGGAGUCUCAGAUUUGGAUCGAUUUUUUUUUUUUUAACUUAUUUAGAGAGCCAAGCUGAAACAUCUCUUGCCACCAGUGGAAGCACCCAAUUUAUUUAUUCUUUCCAUUACUAAACCUCUGGAUGCCGAUCUCCACAACGGUUUUGAAUCUGUUAACAAGCACGCAUUGGGUGCAUGAUAGGUAAAUACGAGGUGAUUUGAAAGUUAAAUCUUGUGUCUUCCUCUCUGUAUAUGAGAAACUUAGGAGGACGAAGAGUCUUCUUUGCUUUUUUAUGGGUUUUUUUUUUUUUUUGGACUCAAGUUUGAAAGUAGUUUGUAAUUUUGAUCUCAAGGAAUAAAGCCGAGGUCUCAUUUGGAUCCGCGAAUUCAGAUCUGUUUACUGGACUGAUGAGUUGUUCCACUGAAAAUGGACAAAUAUUUGUGGAUAAGUGACUGUAGGGCAAUUACUUACUGUUCAUGGAAUUUCUUUGGUCUCUCUGAUUGGACAGGAUUGCAGAGAGGACGAGAUCGUGGUAACAAAAUUAGGAAGUCAAUGGGUUUUGUUAAUUUUUUUUUUUUUAGUAAAUUUUAAUCUUUAAUAUGUGACAUUUAUUUAGAUCAACUAAAGUUAAAAGUUGUUCCAUCACUUACCAUUUCACUGAGUUUGACUAGGCGUAAAAUAUAAUACACAAUUGAAAGAGUAAGUAAGAAUCAACAUUAGGCCUUUGGGACUCAUUCAAGAAUAACUAUCUUUAAGGCAAGGCAGGAAAUUCUAAAAAAAAAAAAAGAAAGAAAGGAAGAAAAAGAAAGAAAGAAAAAAAUGUGCCCGGGAAUCUUUGGUUGUAGGGUAGUUGUUGAUAGAAAGAGGGAGCAGGACAGGGCGGGGUGGCAAUGUGAACCACCAGCUUCUGAUUAUUCCAGGUAGGCAAGCGAAACUAGAGGUGUAAGGCUAGACAAUCAGAUUCUGCAUGCCACGUGGUAACUAAGCGGCCAAUAGACAUCAACGCACCUCUAUCCUUCAAGAUAAGCCUCCUCUCCUCUCUCUCGUAUCCUUACUUAUCUCUCACAACACACGCCAAUCAAACCCACUUCCACUCAUCAACCCAAAUCCCCCCAAAAAAUCUCUAAAAUGGCGUCCUCUGUCUGCGCCUCUUCAGCCGUUGCUGCUGUUGGUCUCUCUUCCCCAAGC